CCAACACCAACUGUCACGUGAUCUCAUUAACAUCCGGAUCAGCCGUUUUUUGCUAGCCGCCAGCCAGCAAGCCAACAUGGCAUGGAAGGAGAACUUUUUUCAUGUUGGACAUGCCAUGGCUGACUUUAUGACUUCAUGCAGCGUUAUUAAGCCUCGCCCAGACCCUAGCUCCAGUGGCCCCUGCUCUACUGACUAAUACAACAGUAAAAAAUAAGCACCUUUGGCUGACACUGUAUCAGUUUGGGAAGCCAGAGCUGUCACCGCUUGUUGACGAAGCAGUUCACUGACCAGCUGAUAUGACACAAAAGCAGGGGUGGCCAAAACUAAAACCUAUUCCAGCGACGGCCUCCGACUGAAAAAUGAACGGAUGCAAGGGCCACUUGGAUAUCUCCAGCAUUUCCAGAUCCAGCAUUCACCUAAGGGAGCUAAAGAUGGAGAGGCAGAAAAGAAAGCUCUCGGGGCACACCACAGAAAACGGAAGAGGGCGAAGGAGAACAUUUUGCAGGGAUGGAAAAAAAGCUUUUCAAAGUGGUUGAUAAGACGUUUUGCAUCAACCACUGGAUGACGGCAAUGACGCUAGCUACCAUAAGCAAGCAAGCAAACAAAAAGAAAAGGAAGAAAAGGAGCCGGUCUGCGCUUGGCUUUUUUUCUUUUCUCCUUCAACUCCAGCCUGCGGUGCUUGCAGCGUGGUUCGCUUAGGUGUGGAUCAGCGGGAGGCUCCGCUGAAAUAACGGGACCACACACGCAUGUGGGGGUGGGAAGCCACGGAGGGACUCGACUUAAAGUAGAUGAUUAAGAGAGUGGAUGACCCGUCAGCCGCUGACCUCACAGAGUCAACAUGGGAGCAGAGUGAGCUGCAUGAAUCUCAUUAGCAAGCAGGGAGUGUCAUCGGGGUUUUACCGCACAUCGAUGGAUUCCAUCAAGGACAUUCAUGAAAUCAAGAGAAACAAUUCACUGAGCAACAUGGCCUCCACGGAAUUGCUUUUCCUCCACGCACUUUAGAAUGAUCCGGAUGCUAUUUUUGUCCUCGAGGUUUUGUUAGCCAACCGACUCCAGCAUGAAGCUCCCCAAACGGAGGAAGUUGAGGACGUUGGCUCUGCUCUUUUGCGCCAUAACCUUCACCACCUUCCUGUUCAGUUACACGUUCCGGGACCCCUCCAGCUACUUCUACAAGUACGCCUUCCGCUUGUCGGGCUCCGCCAAGGGGCUGUGUGCCUGUCAGCAGUGCAUGAUGGAGCUGGAGGACGACGACGCCUGGUUCACGGAGCGCUUCAACCUGUCCGUCCACCCGCUCAUGACCAGGGACAACAGCGCCCUCUCUGAUGACACCUAUAAAUGGUGGCAGUGGCUGCAGUCGGAGAGCCGGCCGGCCAACUUCAGCGAGGUGGUGGAUGAGCUUUUCCAAGUCAUUCCCGACGAGGUGCUCUACAUGGAUGCCGGCCCGGAGCGCUGCCGCACCUGCGCCGUGGUGGGGAACUCGGGGAACCUGAAGGGAUCCCAGUAUGGAGGCCUCAUUGACUCCAGUCAUUUCAUUAUAAGAAUGAACCAAGCCCCCACUGGCGGUUUUGAGGAGGAUGUGGGCUCCAGGACGACGCACCAUGUGAUGUAUCCCGAAAGCGCCAUAGACCUGGACAACGCCACCAGUCUGGUGCUAAUCCCCUUCAAGACCCUGGACCUGCAGUGGAUCAUUAGCGCCUUGACCACUGGCACGGUUAAAUACACCUAUGUCCCCGUUAUGUCUAGGAUAAAGGCCAACAAAGAUAAGGUGUUGAUUUACAACCCGACCUUUUUUAAGUACGUCUAUGAGUCUUGGCUUGAGGGGCACGGACGCUACCCUUCCACCGGCUUCCUCAGCUUGAUGCUGGCUAUCCACAUAUGUGAUGAGGUGAAUGUGUUUGGAUUUGGUGCAGACCAGUAUGGCAACUGGCACCACUACUGGGAGGACAAUCUUCUUGCCGGCGCUUUUCGACACACGGGUGUCCAUGAUGGAGAUUUUGAAUAUAACGUCACACAGCUUUUGGCAGACAAACACAAAAUCCGAAUGUUUAAAGGUAGAUGAUGCCAGGGAUCAGGUGUGCUGUUGGAUGACCACAAACUAAACCAGGGAAAAAGUUCCCAUUUAGUGGAUUAGCAGGGAAUGUUUUAUUGUUUCUCUUUGUCUGUUUUGACAGGUUAAUAUUUUUGCCUCCAUGUCAGAAUGUGUUCCUACAUCCCACAACUACCUAAUAAGAUGCAAACCAAUCAAAAACCUAAUGCUCCAUUUUACAGAUUUGUUUAGAAUUGUCAUUUUUGUAUGUGUUUGGUUGCUUUACCUGCUGUAAAUACCACUUAAAUCAACUGUAAAGUACAGUCUGUGGCAUCCAAAAUCAAACUACCACUGCUAUUCAUCGGUGGUACAACAAGGGCAGCAUAUCAAAUGUCUAUUGCAGUAUGAAUUAAAAAGAGCUUUGUUUAAGUGUUGACGGAAUGAAUGUAGCUCUUUGUCAAAGGUAUUAGUAGAAUUGAGUAUAAUCUGUCACCAAAAUCAAGUGCCUUAUCGAUCAAGUCAAUUUUUUGCAUGUCUGUGAGACAACUUCAUGAAAAGUGCCUUUAUGAGUUUAAUUUGCAUUUUUUUCUUUGCCAUUGAAUUAAAACUGCAUUCUAGCCAUGUGAUUCUCCUAUUAUUGUGUCCAAUGGUUGCAUACUAGACGAUCAUAUUGUUACAUUAUGCUGCACGUGCCUUAAAACAUUGCGAUAUUUGCUGUAUUUUUCACGAGAGCACUGUUUGUGACACAAACUUUGUGUGCUGCUGCCAUUGCAUGGCAACAGUGCCACCACCUGGACAAGAACUGCAACGCCACCUCUUCGGUAAUCACC